UCUAGUGCACUGUACCAACAUAGCCGCGUACACAUGAAAAAAAAAAAAAAAAAAAAAAAAUCGUGUAGAAAAUUACGGAGAAAAUGCUGCGGUCAUAAAAAUGCUCUAGAGAGACUGUAAUCUUCCAGGCCCGCCGCUUCGUUUGUCGCCGUAUGUGUUUGCCACGCGUCGGCGCAGAUGAACGAGGGCUUCGCUCUCAAGAAUGUCGCGCGCGACGUGCCGACUCCGCGGUGCCGGCGUGCGGUUGCGGCCGCCCUUCCCGGCGUGCUGUGGACGGCGCGCGGUUACAAACCGGGCUACCUGUGGGACGUGAACGAACCGACCGAAAGCACCGUCGCCGACUGCCUGCGGCUCUGCGGGGUGAACUCCGGCAACGACGAAAACCUUCUCGUCGUUACCGGAGACGACGUCCGAGCGGUGAGGUUGGGACGCGACGUCCUGCUCUGCAACGUUCCCGAGACUCUUCGGAGGCUCGCGGACGUCGACCUCGCCGUGAAGUUCGUUGACGUUUCGGCGGGGCUGCGUUCUCCGAAAGCCCUGGCGUCGCCGCCUCUGGGCGUCAGGGGAAUGCUGGCGUCGCUGGGGCGACGACUCGCCGAUGUGGCGGCUUCGCCGUCUCUUGGCGACGUGUUCGCCGAUUUGGAAUCCGGCGAGUGGAACCUUUGCACGGCGUUCGGCGUUCUGUUGGGAUACCCGGUCGUGUACUGGUUCGAAGGCAGUGCCGACGCCGGCAACUGCCUCGCCAUGGAGGAACUGACCGUUGUCAGGGUACGGUGUGCGACGACCGCCGGGCGCCGAGACGCGGCUAGGACGUGGGGGACGACGUCGUCCGCGGCUGGCGUGGAAGAUGACGUCUACUCCUUCAGCUUCCCGGUCGCUCUCAACGCCGAUUUGCGACCGCACGUGGAUGCCUGGUGGCAGCGACUGCGCGCCAGGGCUGCUGCCGGGGAUUUCGAACUCACCCGUGUCGAUGAAGUGAUGUGCUGUCCCGUCGUGGCUCUGUGAUCGUCAAAUCGAAGAUCGAUUCGUGAACGAGUAGCGAUGUGCGCUGUGCCACGUCGUACUUUUUUUUUUUUUAUCCUGCUGGUCGUUUUACGCGUUACUAGCACUUCUUCGAUGACUUCCACGUUUUGUAAUACUUUGUACAGCUGCACACAAAACUGCCGUUCAUUAAAGUCCGGAAAGGCGACGUAUCAUCGCAGCCUAUAAAUACAGUGAAGAACCAAAGGGAAUUUGCACGUCAUGCUUUAGUGCUUCUCACACUUUGCCGUCAUCGUUAGGUUGAGUGAAUGCGCACGUGUACUUGAAAUGACGUAAGCAUAAUGUUACAUUAUAGGAAGGGAGCCCAGUCUUUUGUGAGAAAAAGUAGCCAGGGGCUGUAAAGAAAAAGGAUGGGAACACUAGAAGGUUUUUUUUUUUUUUUUUUUUUUUCAGAAUAAGCCAGUUUGAGUGGACUAUUUCAUUGGGCGUUCUUCUCGGUGUAUGAUACGUUGUGUUUGCAUCAUUUCUGAAUGGACACUUUCUAUGGCCUGCAGUGUUUGGCUCCGACUUCAUAUUGUAUUCCCAUGGAGAAUGUACCUACUGUGUUCCAAGAGCUUCUUACGAAGGUUCUGUAGUUGAAGCCUCAACUGACUUUGUGGGAGUUGAGUUUUCAUCUUGUUGGUACGACAUAUUUUCUAGUGAUUGGCGGAGAAACUUGAGGCAAAAUGGACAGAAGUCGAAACACACACAAGGGUGCUUGAGUCUGUCUCGACUUCCGGUCAUUUUGUUUCGAGUUUCUGCGCCAAUCCGGCGAGCGGGAGGUCGAGGAUUGUGAUGCUCAAACAACUCGGCAAUGUUUUGCUAGUGGGAAUAAAAACAGCAUUGGGGCAGUGAGGGGACCCAACACCUCUGAGUGGUUUUGUUAUAUUCUGUGUAUAAGAAAUGGAAAAGCUGAAGAGAAAGAUCUGUUGUAAAAGGCUUGAAUGGCCAUGGUGCAGUUUUGGCACUUGGUGAUUUUUGUGAGAUUUCAUGCACCACACUAGACUCUGAAAGUCUGUGCUUGCAUUUCGGAGGACACUGCAAGCAAUACGGAUGAAAGCAAUGUUGCGUGCAUUGCGAUUAAGUUGUUUUCGAGAAUGGUGCAGCGCCCGCUGUGAGAACCUGUAGCCUCUGUGGCAGUAAAUGAGUGGAAAUCGCUGAAGUAGUCUAAUUUUAUUCUGCUGUGUGCACUGCCUCUUUAACGACCAGCAGGCUUCUGCCGUUUUAUGUGACGGUAAUAAUAUUGUGGGCACCACGUAAAUAUGCCUGGUGGUUCUGUAGGGAUAUAUAGAACGACCGUGCUUCUAAGAGCUUUUUUUUUCCGGGGGCAUUAACACAAUUUUGAGAAACAUUUGUACCUUUCAGGGCUUAUCUUGUCCUGAAACAUUCAUCGUCGUUUAUCUUGCAUGCCUUUCCUUUCUUCAACGCUACGCACCCGCCACUUUUGAAUCACGAACGGCAUAAGUGCAUCAGCAUGCCUGCAUUCUUGACAGGAAAACUGGGAGUGCACAAUGUUCUUCAAAAAAAGUGUAUGCAAGAGGGUGACGAUUAUUGUUGGGGGACAAGAUAAAGGGCCAAAGGGUGUUAAACUUCUUUUAUAGUGCAAACAGGAACUAUAAAGUGGGCUAAGGCAGAAGCAUCGACGAGUUCAACAGAGGAUCAAGAUACGAUUCGCAACCGCUGGGCUAGCUCAAAUCAUUCCACUUCUCAGCAUGGAGGUUGCAGGUUUAAUUAUUUGCUGUUGAGGCCACAUUCUGAUGGGUGUGCCACGAAACAAUAAAAUAAAAAAGAAAUGCUAAUGUAACCAGUUUUGGGUGCCGCAUUAACCACAGGGCAAAAUAUGAAGAGACCCUAAUAGGGUGCUUCUGCAUGGGGACAUGACAGGCUUUUGAGCAACGUAGUUGGCAUACCUUUAUCAUCUUAUCUUAAUGUCUGGAAAACUGAUAGAGGCUUCAAUGGAAACCCAUGCACAAAAGCACAGAUAUGAUAUCAGCACUGGCUGAGGUGCUUAUCUAAAGUGCAUAGCUCACACUAUGGGAGUUGAGAUAACCGCAGGUGCUUCUUGUUCAUGACAGGAACAGCUCGAUGUGGGACUAAGCAAUUGAGCUGAGAAUUCAAGAGAAUUUAUGGGGAAAUGCUAAUUGUGAAUGGAGAUUUCAUGCCAGGAAAUGCAUCACACACACAGAAAUGUGUCACUGAUCGACACCCUCUUGUGUACACACCGCUAAUCUUAAUUCUUAUUCCAAGCUAAUUGAAUACCAUGCUUGUGGGACACAUGAGAGAGAGAGAGAUUCAACUUUUAUUGGUGCCAGCAAUUCACGGGGGCGGACGCAGCCUCCCUCCGCCUAGCAGACAGCCGAGAUCCCCUGGGUCUCAACGGCUGCCUCAGCUAGCUGGACAGCCCAGACCUGGUCUUGCUGGUCUGAGCUGAGCAGCAGGGUCGCCCACUGCUGCCGGUUUUGAAUUUUGCGGCCCUCGAAAGAUAACUUUUUUAUAGUUUAUUGAAUUGAUUUAGGAGUGCCAUAGCUAGAACUCUCAAUAGUCACUCAAAUGAGAUGAUUCGCGCUCCAUUUGUAUUGCUGAAUGCUGGAACCUCAUUUUUUUUUUCUUGCAAUGAUACACACUUCUGAAAGCGUUUCCUGCGCUGUAAAUGGCCGUUUACUUGUUUUGUUGUCCCGGUACAUCUUGAAGUCCAUGAAUAUAUAAUUUAUGCAUGUAAGAAGAAAUAGUUUUUUCCACAUUUCCAUCAGCAUACUUCCAAAUGCUGGCACUGUCUCUUUAAUUAUUUCACUACUGCCAGUACUAUACUGAUUAAAACAUUUUUGUGAAUCGGCAUUUGCCUUAGGUCUGGUGAUGUAUCUGUGGAAGCUGGUUUCAAGGAGUAUACUGACACAACAUUUUCGACUCUUCAAUUAUUUUUUUCUUUAGCUCUAAAUUAGUCGUUAUGCAUCUUAAACCCUAGAAAAUAUACUGACAACCGUGAUAGUACCCUAAAAAAUUUACUCUUAUACUAGUUUUGACGAGCCAGUUUAAUUCAGUUUUGGCAGUGGGUAGGUGGAUGCCUCACGAUUAAAAACCAAAACUUUAGGUAAAAUGCAAUUUUAGACAAG